AUGGACUCCGUCUCCCUGAGGAGUAAAGUCCCGGCUUUCUUAUCAGACCUGGGGAAAGCAACCUUGAGAGGCAUCAGGAAAUGCCCCCGAUGCGGCACCUACAACGGCACUCGUGGGCUGAGCUGCAAAAACAAGACCUGUGGCACCGUCUUCCGCUACGGCUCACGGAAGCCGGCUGGCAUUGAUGCCGUCAAGAUCAUUACCGGCUCAGACCUCCAGAUCUACUCGGUGCGGCAGAGGGACAGGGGCCCUGAAUAUCGGUGCUUUGUGGAGCUGGGCGUCUCGGAGACCACCAUCCAGACUGUGGACGGGACCAUCCUCACCCAGCUCAGCUCUGGGCGCUGCUACCUCCCAGCAUGUCUGAAGGCAGCAACCCAAGGGGUGGUGGAAAACCAGUGCCAGCACCUGAAGCUUGCUAUGAGCUGCCAGGCAGAGGCCACCCCCUUGACGCUGAAGAGCUCCGUCUUGAACUCAAUGCAGGCCUCGCCCCAGACCAAGCAGACCCUCUGGGAGCUGGCCACCCAGCCCUCGGGGCCCCUGGUGCAAAGGAUCACUAAGAACGUGCUGGUGGUCAAGUGCAAGGCCGGCCCGAAGCACAGCUUGGGCUACCUCCACAUCACUUUUGCUCCCAGGUCUGGCCACAAGCACCUAGCGGGCCCCCGCUUUUUCUGCCCCUGCCAGUCCUUGAGGGCCAGCAAGGCUGGCUCUGCCACGGAAGAGGGCAGCCAGAGAUGCAUCCAUUUCUUUGCCUGCAUCUGUGCCUUCGCCAGCGACGAGGCUUUAGCCCAGGAGUUUGCGGAUUUCCUCAGCGAUGAGCCUGGCGGUUUGCAAUCCCCGGCAAGAGCUCCGCUUGCUUGCCAGCCAGAAUCCCCUCUGCCCUCGGGAGACUCUGCGGCCUCCAAAGCGAAGCGCAAGAAGAAGGACGAAGGGCUGGGCAUGCAGGCCAGCAGCCCCCUCUUGUCUCAAGAUCUGGCAAACAACUCCUUGCAGCAGAAAAAUGGACUGAAGAAGGCAUCCGUUGCAUCGCUGAAAAGGCAAACUGGCGGUCAGGUGCUGGAGGAGUCGCAGGUGGCCUUGUCCUUCCUGGAGUGGCUGGCCAGCGCCACGGAGCGGAUCCACCAAGCCAUGCACUACCAGUUUGACGGCAAGCCGGAGCCCCUCGUCUUCCACGUCCCGCAGGCCUUCUUCGAGGCUCUGCAGCAGCGAAUCUGCCUUGGGAGCGUCAAGAUGCGGCUUCCCAACUCCACGACAGCUUUUGUCCGCAAAGAUGCCUUACCUCUGGGUACCUUUUCUAAAUACACGUGGCACAUCACCAACAUCUUGCAGGUGAAGCAGAUCUUUGAUACUGUGGAGAUGCCUCUGGAAAUAACCCGCAGCUUCAUCCAGAACCGGGAUGGGACCUACGAGCCCUUCAGGUGCCCCAAAGUGGAGGUGGAGAGCAUUGCUGAGACCUACGGACGCCUGGAGAAGCAGCCUGUUCUUCGCCCCCUGGAACUGAAAACUUUCUUGAAAGUUGGUAACACAUCCCCGGAUCAAAAGGAACCGACGCCUUUCAUCAUUGAGUGGAUCCCGGACAUCCUGCCCCAGUCCAAAAUUGGCGAACUGAGGAUCAAAUUUGAGUACGGCCACUACAGGAACGGCCACCCUGCCGACUACCAGGAGCAGCGUCCUUCCCUGGAUCAGGCCCUGGAGAUCAUGCCGCUCACCACCCUCACCUUCCCCUGAGCGCCCCUCGCCUCUGUCUUUGUGUGCACAGCUGCACAGGCCCGUUUCGUAGCCGGCCACUCUCUCCUGCUCCCUGCCAGCCACCGGCCGGAAGAGCCGCAGUUUCACGUGACUUCGCUGCCCACCCUCUGCUCUCCAGGAGCUUCUCACUCGGGCCUCUCUUGCAAACAGCCCCCCCCCCAGCCGAGUCAGAUGGUGGAAUUAGUCCUCCCUGAAUCCCCAGGCCGGCUGGCGGCUCCAGCACACCCAGAGUGCCCCGGCCAACUCCUGUCCCUCCUUUCUCCCUGAGACGGCCGUCGUCCCAGCAGUUCCAAGGGC